AUUAUAGCUCACGUUAACGUCUAGGAACCCAUCCCCAAGUUGAACUUUUCAUUUCCUCAAAGAAAUUUCAAGAAGUAGGCAGAUUGAAGCUUUGGAGUCAACCAAAAAAAGGGAUGAUUCGUUGAGUGGAGUAGGCAGAUUUAGACCACGAAAUCGGAUCACUUCUUACCAAUGAACGAAUAACCACCCUUCUCUUGAUAAUGGCUCCAAAGUGGGAGCCUGAAUGUCGAUAUAUAUCACUCCUAUAGCGACGCCUAUGCGCUCAAGUAAUUCGUGAAUAAAAAUAAGGUGCCUGCGACCCGACCCACCAAAAGAGAGAGGAUAUUAAACAGGACUCCGCACUUGUCUAUUAUCUACUAAUUAUUAGGAGGACAUGUAGCUGAAGGAAUAAAAGUAUAUUUUUCAGAAAAACUCAAACUUUCUAUUAUAGAUUUUCAAGGAAUUUUUCAUCGCUAUUUCACUAUAUGUAGCUAAAUUAUCGAAAAAUUUCAUUGUUAUGCAAGAAUUUAUUGCAGAUGAAAUCCUGGAAUAGGACGAUUUUAAAUGCUCAUUUUUAAACAGUGUGCGAAAAUGACAUCACCAGUUUGAUAAGAUGACGUAAUCGUUGAUUUUUAAAAGUCUUUUAAUCAUGAAUUCAGCACUAUUAGCAACAACUAUUAUAUAAGUUUGUUGGAAAGAAGUAGCAUAAAUUUUAUUCGCGGGCAUUGCAGAUAACGUUCCCCUAUUAGAUUUUAAAAAUAUAAAGAUAAAUAAUUAUUUUCGCCCAGAUAAUAAUUUUCUUAAGUAUGCACUUCAGUCAUAAAGUGAGGAAUAUUCUUACUCCAGUAUCUGCAAUGUUGACGAAUGACGGCUCUAUUUAGACUAAAUUUCGCCUCAUCAGAAAACAUUUUGUUUAAGAAAACACAUAUUGCAGUUAUUGAUGUAGCUGAAUUUUGUAUAGAUAGUACAUUCUGUCUUUCAAAAUACCUUAGGACGUUAAGCAUUUCGAAUAAUUUUAACAUGACAAUUAAAUUUUGUCUCAAUUUUACUGACUGUUGAUCGGCUGAUUGGCCUAGGUACUUUGCAUCAAAUGAAUCGCGUGUUUCUCCUUUUUUCAUUGAAAUUCAAAGGAGAUAUUCUUUGACAAUAUGUUUGACAUAUAUAUCUAUGUAUGGUGAGAUUCUACUUUUCAUAAGCUAGUUAACGACCUUACAUAUAACAUACCUUUGCAUUUGAAAAAAAGUUGUUACGGUUGCAGCUAAGGGAUUGCAGAGAAAAAUUAUUCUAGUGACAAUAAAUACGUCCAAUCUAAAAUCAUUUCACGUGUUUCUACUUUUUUUAAGUUAAGUAAAGUUUUAAAUAAUCAUUUUUUUUGCUUCCUUUCGCGCAACUUUGUAUAAUCUAUAUAUCUCUGUCCAGUUACUUUUUAUCAUUGGCAUAUUUAAUUAUUUCAAAUUUUGGACGUAAAGUACCAUACUAAAAAUUACAGGGUUUUGCAUUUAUUACUCUACGCUCUUUCCAAAUAGAGUAUAAUAAUUUAUAUAAGUUUCAGAAUGCCAAACUCAUGAAAAUAGAUUAUAUUAAAGGCGAUCUGUCUAGUCGUCUAUUUCAAUAAUGUGAAUUGUAACGUAUGUUAUGGAAAAUAUACCGUUUACAAGUCACCGUCCAUCUUUAUAAAUAAGUUCGAUGGAGAUUGCAACAACGGACAAGUGCCGACUUGGAUUAUGUUAGGCAGAAGCAAAGGCAGCGGUGUAUUCGGCUAUGCUAAUGAAGUAGGUAGAGAAGCACCAGUGUUAAAUGUGGCCAGCAACACUAAUAACCAGACAGCCAACGACAGUGCAUAGUUACAGUAUUUGGGAAGCACCGCUAAGAGAGGGUGCUUUACGUAUUUAUUUUACAGUUUAUCCCGUUUGCGUUUGCGUUAUCGUAUUCGUACCACUACGGCGCACGGGAGAAAGUGAUCUGUGUUCAUAUUCGGUGUUGGUUAUUUAGACACUGUCGCUCGUGUUUUUCUCAGUCUGUGUCGUUCGGGAUUCGCGUUAGUAUUGUCAUUGCUUUUGUUUAUAUAUGUCUACAUGCAAUGCUAAUGUCUCGACAGUAGAUUUUCAUGAUUCUGCUCUGUACCCAGUCCCAUAAUGUUAUGCAUUCAUACUAGUGAUCAGAUAGUCGUAAAAUUCAAUUAACCCAACAUAUGAUAGAAGAUAGAAGAAAUCGCUUAGUUAAAAAUUUAUAGACCUCACCUACAAAAAUGACUGAAGAUAAUCUAUUGGAGAAUCACAGAAUGUUAUCAAAAAUCAGUAACAAUAAUUGCCCAACAAAUGAAAUACCAGAUGAGCAGUCCACUUUAUCCCAAGAGUGCAAUGGUAGGCACAGAGUUGAAGAAAUUGAAAUGGAGUGUGGUCUGGGACCUUGUGCACCAAAUUGGCUACAAAAGUUUGCGUCGAAACAAUCGUUUUUAAUAGUGUUUUGUUUAGCUUGGGUUCUUCAAGGAAUGUACCACACUUAUUUUGUUAGCGCUAUAACUACCAUCGAAAAACUUUUUCAAAUUCAAUCAAAAAUAACAGGAAUUAUUAUGAGUGCGACGGAAAUAGGACAAAUCGGUUCUUCUUUAUUAUUAACUUAUUACGGAGGGCAGGGGCAUAGGCCCAAAUGGAUAGCUUGGGGUAUGAUAUUAUUCGCUAUGUCUUCUUUAACUUGUUCACUUCCACAUUUUAUUUAUGGACGACAUUUAAUAAACGCGAACGAAUUAACAGGAGUUUUUAAGGAUCCAAAUGUAUGCAAAGUAAAAUACAACACAUCAUUUCUAUUAGAUUAUGCAAAUGUUAGUUUUGCUAGUAAUUUGAGUAUGAGUACCCUGGAAAAUUGUCAAAAUGAAGCAGUUACUUCAAGUUUUCGCUUAGCACCAUCGGUGACCAAUAUCGUAUUAGCAAUAUUUUUUAUUAGUUUACUCGGAGUUGGUAUGGGCCAAACAGCUGUAUAUACAUUAGGAAUUCCUUAUAUAGAUGAUAAUGUGGCCAGUAAAGAAUCGCCAUUGUAUUUUGCCAUAACAAUUGGAGUUAGGAUAUUAGGCCCAGCUUUAGGUUUUAUUGUUGGAUCCCUGUGUACAAGUGUGUACGCAGAUUUAUCUGUAAAACCUCAAUUCAAAACGUCAGAUCCAAGGUGGGUCGGCGCUUGGUGGCUAGGAUUGGUUCUUAUAUCCUUCUUGUUAAUGAUAGCAUCAUUUGCGAUGUUUGCAUUUCCUAAAAGACUGACAGGAUCAAAACAACCUGUAGUGAACCCACAAAGUCCUGAUCAAAAACAGCCUACUAUAAAAGAUUUUCCGAAAACGGUAAAGAGGCUAUUAAAAAAUGAUAUUCUUAUGUAUAGAACAGCUAGCAGUGUAUUACAUAUUUUACCAAUUGCUGGACUCUACACAUUUUUACCCAAGUACCUGGAAACACAAUUUAGACUACCCACACCGUCAGCAAACAUGAUUUCAGGUGUCGGUGGAAUUCUUGUAAUGGGAUUAGGAAUCAUAAUAAGUGGAGUAUUUAUUUUAAGAAUGAAACCCAACGCUAGAUUUGUGGCUGCUUGGAUUGCAUCUACGGCAGUUCUUUAUGCAUUAGGGAUGGGAUUACUUAUGUUUAUUGGAUGUCCAAUGAAUGACUUAGCAGGAUUAAUGAAUCACGGAUUUGAUACGAAACAGUUAAAUUGCAAUUCUUCUUAUUGUGAUUGCGACAAAGAUAAGUUCACUCCAAUUUGUGGACAAGACGGGAAAACUUACCUCUCACCCUGUCAUGCAGGAUGUUUAAAUUAUACAGAAAAAGAUGGACAAAUUUCACAGUAUUCAGACUGCAUGUGUUUGAAUAUGACUCUCGCAAAUAUUACUAUUAAUGAGAACCACUUAUAUGGUAACGCUACAAUAGGAUACUGUGAUCAGGAUUGUGAUAGUUUCAUUUUAUAUAUUAUUUUAUUUUCCAUAUUUGUUUUCAUUCAUUCCACUGGAGAAGUGGGGUCUAUGUUGCUUAUCUUAAGAUGUGUAGAUCCUAGAGACAAAGCGAUGGCAUUGGGUCUAAUACAGUUUGCAAUAGGAUUAUUUGGAAAUGUACCUUGCCCUAUUGUCUAUGGAGCUGUGGUAGACUCUGCUUGCUUGGUGUGGAAAAUGGCGUGUGGUGAAAAAGGAGCUUGUGGCCUAUAUGAUUCUGAUGUAUUCAGGAUGUUUUACCACGGUACAACAGGUUUCAUACUAUUGUGUGCAUUUGUGGUUGAUGUAAUAGUAUGGUAUAAAGCUGGUAAAAUCAAUUUUGUGGACGAACAGGCGGUGUUUGAAGAGGAAUUACAUUCUAUGACUGGAAAGAUGAAAAAUGAACCGGAAUAACAAAUACCCAUGUUGGCCUUUUCGCCAGUAAGUCAAGCUUAGUUUUUAUGGCUAUACCAUCAUAAUCAAGACCUUGUCAAAUGUGUGGAUGUGAAAAAGCAGACUUCAUUAUAAAUUGUGCUAAUUCUAAAUUAUGUAUAACGUAUAUCGAAAUGUCUUUUUUCGGUUUAAUUAUUUAUUUUAGAGAAACAGAAUUAGUAAGAGAUUGGAGAUAUGUUGAAAUACAUAUAAUUAGUUGCGAAUAUUUAUAUACUAUGAAAAGAAUGAGUAAAAUAAAGAUAAGAUAAAGAAAGAUAAAUUUAUCUUUCUUUUAAAAACUAUCAAAAAAAAAACAAUUUUAAAACAGAAGAGACUUAAA